AGCAGACACACUGUGAGACACUGUGAGUGGACCAGCAGAGACACUGUGAGACACUCUGAGUGGACCAGCAGAGACACUGUGAGUGGACCAGCAGACACACUGUGAGACACUGUGAGUGGACCAGCUGUCUCUCUACUCCUCAGCGGGACAGAGCGGGUGAAACUAAAGCAGAACGUCAUCAGUUGGACCUCACCUGACCUCACCUGACGUCACCUGACGUGUCCUGAUGGCGGAAAUGGACGAGGGUCAUUUUUCUCUGUUGAGUCUGGAGGAUGAGCUGACUUGCAGCAUUUGUCUGAGUCCCUUUAGCUGUCCGGUGACCAUCCCCUGCGGACACAACUUCUGCCAGGACUGCCUCCUCGCCACCUGGAAGGACUCCUACAGCUGUCCUCAGUGUCGGACCCACUUCGCCACCAAACCAGAGCUGAAGAAAAACACGGUCCUCAGCACCGUCGUGGAGACCUUCAACCUGAGGACGAACCAAAGCGAGCCCGGCCCGAUGGUAGAGGAGAGCAGAGCGGAGAAAGAGGACGUCAUACAUUGUGAUACGUGUAUGGAAGCAGAAGCGUCCCAGACCUGCCUCACCUGCAUGGCCUCUUUCUGUGAGGAGCACCUGCGGCCUCACCGGGACAACCCCACAUUUCGUCUCCAUCAGCUGAGUGAGCCUGUCGGCGACCUGUCGAAGCGGAUCUGCCCGGACCACCACAAGCUGAUGGAGCUCUUCUGCAGCCAACAUGGCCGCCCAAUCUGCAGCCUCUGCCUCCAGCUAGUCCACAAAGGAUGCUCCUUCAUCACCCCCGAGGAGCAGAGGAACCUGAAAGAGUUUGACCUCAGAGAGAAGUUGGCUUUGCUGGACGGGAAGAUUGAGAAGACCGAGACUGUAAUGUUUCAAAUGAAUGACACACAGAGCAAACUGAAGGACGCAGUAACCAACACGAAGACAGCAUUGGCAGCUGUGUUUCAGCAGAUGCGGGAUAUGUUGGCCCAAGAAGAACGCAAGGCUCAAUAUGAGGUGGACCUCGAGCUGGAGAUUGGCCAGACGAAACUUCAGGACCUCAUGAAGAGGUUAACUGAGAAUACUGAGAGGAUGACAAAAGCCAGAGAAGACAUCAAUAAUCUGCUGAGUCAGUCCCAAACCCUGGCCUUUCUACAGGUUUCACUUGACUUGCCUCGGGCUAUAAAGUUUGACCCUCACACGCCUCGAAUCAACCUGGACUCCAAGAAGGUGACAGCAACACAGGCCUUUUCUGCUGCCCUGAAGGAGCACCUGACAGAGAUCCUUAAACAGCCCGUUGAGGCCAGACUACCGAUACUUAAACCAGAACUCAACACUGGCAUUGUUGCAUCUGAUGAAAAAGCAGCUCCUGUCUGUUCUGGAAGUACUGGAAGUACUGGAUCUCAGCCAGAAUCUGAAGUACCAAAGCCUCCAGAGGAGAAAAUACAGCCCAGGUCCCACAGUCCAGCUCGUCCACCCAUCCAGACGUACUUCCAGACAGUUUCUGUACCUUUUCAUUCUUCUAUGGGACCACCAGACGGCUGGACUCCCCCCCAGUAUGCACAGGGCCAGCCACCAGGCUCUUAUAGGUGGCCUGCAUUUACGCCAGGACAAAAGACAAGGGAUAAAUUGAUUCAACUACCGAAAGGCCAAUCAAGCGGCCGACCAUGUCAAGGGAAAACUGAGAGAACGGAAACAACAGGAAAAAAGAAGAAAAUCGUCUGCAAGCCGGUUCAUAAAGCGGUCCCGAACAACGUUGGAGAAGCGUGCAACAGUACAGUAAUGGGUACAAAAUGGGCCCAUGACUGCUAA